GAUUCAUAAAUAUAAAAAGAUCCUCAGAGGAGGGCUGUGUUUUUUUGUGUGUGAUGGCAACUUCACUUCUAGGGGAGGAGCCGAGGUUGGGAUCGACUCCUUUAGCCAUGUUAGCGGCAACAUGCAACAAAAUCGGGAGUCCGAGCCCUUCGCCGUCCACCAUUUCGGAUAAUUCCACGUCCUUCGGCAAAGGCUUCCACCCGUGGAAGAGAGCCGCAGCGAGCAGCUGCAGUCUCGGCUCCGGACUGUCCGGUUUCGGGGUGUCCCGCAACGGCUCGGGGAUCUCGGACACCUUCGCCUCCAACGGUUCCACGGGCUCCAGCGCCUUUUCCCUCACGUCCGGCGCCUCGUCCGGUUCCCACUUUGGAAACGACUACUCCGUGUUCCAAGCCUCCGUGUCGAACAGCUCCCAGGAGUCGAGUCACCAGCCGGUGUUCAUUUCCAAGGUGCACACGUCCGUGGACAGCCUGCAGGGCAUCUAUCCCAGGAUGAGCGUGGCGCACCCGUACGAGUCCUGGUUCAAGUCCUCUCAUCCCGGUAUCCCUGCGGGAGAGGUGGGAACCACUGGGGCAUCCGCUUGGUGGGACGUGGGGGCCGGGUGGAUUGACGUGCAAAACCCGAACGGAGCAUCCCUACAUUCCGGUGGACUCCAGACGUCCUUGCAUUCUCCUCUGGGCGGAUAUAAUUCUGAUUAUUCCACUUUAAGCCACUCGGCCUUUAGUUCGAAUCCCUCUCCUCACCUGUUGACCACCGGCCAGCACCUGAUGGACGGUUUCAAACCGGUUCUCUCCUCUUACCCGGACACGACCCCCUCUCCGUUGACAGGUGCAGGGGGGACCAUGCUCUCAGGGGGUCCGCCCUCCACUUUAGCGGGGUCUCCGAGGUCAUCCGCCAGGCGCUACUCCGGCAGAGCUACCUGCGACUGUCCCAACUGCCAGGAGGCGGAGAGACUCGGACCGGCCGGCGCCAGCCUCCGGAGGAAGGGCCUCCACAGCUGCCACAUCCCCGGCUGCGGGAAAGUGUACGGCAAAACGUCGCACCUCAAGGCGCACUUGCGGUGGCACACCGGCGAGAGACCGUUCGUGUGCAACUGGCUCUUUUGCGGCAAGAGGUUCACGCGCUCGGACGAGCUCCAGCGACACUUGCGCACUCACACCGGGGAGAAGAGGUUCGCCUGCCCGGUGUGCAACAAGAGGUUCAUGCGGAGCGAUCACCUGAGUAAGCACGUAAAGACUCACAGCGCCGGGGGGUCCGCGGGUUCAGGCUCCGGGGGCAGCGGAGGCAAGAGAGGGAGCGAUACCGACAGCGAGCACAGCGCGCCGGGGAGCCCGCCGUGCCACUCCCCGGACCUGUUGCACCCGGCGGAGACGAGCCAGGGUGUCGGCAUGAACGGCCUGUAAACUCCAGAAAGCGUGUGAACCCCCGAGAAAAAUAAGUUUGGUAAGAAAAAUGGCGGCGGACAUACUGUACUGUAUGCAUUUAAUGCGCCAUGAUGAGUGUCUACUAUACAUUUCUCAAUAAGGACAUACAGUGGAUGCACUUUUCUUAUCAUAUGCAUCAUUUUCAUUGGGGUGUCACGUGCCAUUUUUUUCCAAAUAUAAUAAAUGUGUCCUAUAUACAUUUUGUCAACAAACAGGGAUUUUUAUUUGUAAAGGAUAUCAGUGUAUGCAUAAAGGCUCCACUCAUUAAUAAAAUAGGCUUGUGAUUUUUUUUAAAGGUACAGUACACCCAUUAUUUAUGUCAUUUAAUAACUUUAAUAAUUUUACAGUUAGGGUUAUUUUACUCCAUAAAAUCGUUUAAUUGAAGAAAUAUGUCCACUAAAAUGGACAUAUUUUAUCAUGUUCAUUCAGUAAACAGGCCUGUACUGUUAUUAUUAUUUUGGGUAAGGAUUUACAGUGUUUUCAUAAUACAUAACGCAUCAUGUUAUUUUGAUAUAAAGAAAAAGAGGUCAUGCUGUUGCUGUUCCAUGAUAGAAAUAAUUCCUGUAGGUGUAAAAGUGGUCAAAAGUUGUAAGAGCACUACUAAAAAAAAAAAAAAAAAAAAAAGGGGGCACCAUUUGUUGAUAUUUUUGGAAUAUUAUACAGUUCAUAGGAGAACGAACUCUGGCACUUUAUUACCGAGCAAUGGAGAUGUAUGGACGGAUGGAUGGAUGAUGGACACUCGGUAUAUUGAAUAAAUGGAGUCAAAUGAUAAGAUGCUUUUUGUUAUGGACGUGAUCAUAUUAGAUCUCACACACACACACACACACACACUUUCUGUCCAGUCCACAAGUUGGUAUAGUUUCCUGAUAUUACGGCAAAAAAUGUUCUGUAAAUAUUAAAAAGUGUAGCUUAGAAUAUACGCCCUAAUGUCAAAAAAAAAGUGAGUAAUGUAUUUGUCCAGGAGACGAUUUUUUUUGUAUAGCUAUUUCUAGUUGUAUAUGGACUCUAGUAAAUAUUUGAAAAUAUACGGAGAUGUACUUUUUUUUUUUUUUGCUUUGACAUGAUAUGAAAACGUAUUUGUGGGGGAGUUCUAUAUUUAACCACGACUUUUUCUUGUAUGUAGGGGUCUAUAUCAUUAGGCGCACUUUUUGAAUUUAUUUGUAAACUUUGGAAAUGAGUUACUGUUUACCUGCUGUUGUUAUAAUUUUUUUUAUUUUAUUUAAGUAAGCAUGUUGUAAAGUGAUUUUAAUUUUACAAUGAUAUCUUUUUUUUGGUUUUGUUUUGUUUCCUCCUCAUGAGAAUGGCUUUUUAUGUGAGCCACUCAAUAAAGUCACUAUGGACUCAAACUCAGAAUUUGUUGGGUCGGUUAAACAUUUUUUUUAUUUUUUAUUAUUUUUUUUUUUUUGCUGAUGAUAAAGAUGUUAUUUCAGUGUAAGGAAUUUAUGGCAUUUUUAGAGUUUUAUGUGAAGGCCAUCAACUGGGCCUUCUUUGAAAAUGAUCAUUCAUUGAAUUAAAUCAAGU